CAACGUGUACGACCGUACGAGCACGGUGGGUGUGUGCGUAUGUACGCGUUAUGCGCGCGCCGACGCGCACUUGUGCGUGCGUAACACCGCGUGUGUUCGCCGACCGGGACCGUGAACGGAGCCCGCGGCGGCGGGGCACCUCACUCUCGCUAGGUCGGUUAAACGACGGCAGUAGUGCGCCGCGAUCUGCCUCUACCGAACGGUUCCGUACACGCACCAUCCGCACGCUCACGUAUACGCGCGUAACGUUCACACGUUCCCGGCCGUGAAGGCGAUGGUGUCAUCGAUGCCUUCGCUGUGUUCGCCGCCACCACAGUCGCACCAUCAGCAGCAACAGCAACAGCAGCAGCAACAACAGCAGCAACAGCAGCUCGUGUUCGGCAGCAGCGCUUCCGCCGCGGCCAACAUGCAACAGCAGCUGUACGACGGCAUGAAUUCUGCGGCAGCGGCCAUGUACGGUCUGAAUGCGUCGGCCGCUGCCGUGGCCGCCGCGGCUGCGGCCGCUGGUGCUGGUGGUGAUCCCACUGGUGCCGCCAACGCGGCCGCGCUACAACGGGUUCGCGCGGACAAAACGUACCGCCGCAACUACACGCAUGCCAAGCCGCCGUACUCGUACAUAUCGCUGAUCACGAUGGCCAUACAAAACUCGCCGGUGAAAAUGCUCACACUUUCCGAAAUUUACCAGUUCAUCAUGGAUCUGUUUCCGUUUUACCGGCAAAACCAACAACGGUGGCAAAACUCUAUACGACACUCGUUAUCGUUUAACGAUUGUUUCGUUAAAGUACCUCGCACGCCCGACAAGCCGGGCAAGGGAUCGUUUUGGACUUUGCAUCCGGACUCGGGUAACAUGUUCGAAAACGGUUGCUACUUGCGGCGACAAAAGCGUUUCAAAGACGACAAAAAAGACGCGGCGUCUAUCCGACAACACGGUGAAGGCGGUGGUCACCACCAUCAACAUCACGGCGGCCACAAUCAUUCCAAGAGUUCGUCGCCCAUGUUACACGGGUCCAGUGGAGGCGGUGGUAGCCAACUUCAGCUCGGUGGUCAACAUCAACUUGGUGGCGGCCACCACCAUCAACAACACCAUUUGGACAUGGUAUUGGACAAAAAACCAUCGUCGUCCGUGCCGCCAUCGUCUGCGUCGUCGUCGUCGGUACUCGCCGCUGCUGCGGAUCACCACCAUCACUUGCUGCAACUGCAACAUCACCAUAAUCAAAAACUGGGUGCUACCAGUGGUGGGCUUAUGUCGUCGUCCGCGGCGGUCGAUUUGGGUUUCGGCGGUAGUAUGCAUCACCAGCACCAACAGCAUCAACAACAGCAGCAGCAUAACAAACACCAUUUGUUGUUGCAUCACCAUCAUACUCAUGACCACCAAAAUAGCCAUAACAACGUAAAUCAUCACGACAGCGAUCAUGAUCACGUGCACCACAUGCACCAUCAUUUACAACAGCACGGUGGCGGUGGCGAUGACGACUCGUCGUCGUCCAUGUUAGUUGGUUCGUUGUUGCAGCAACACCAACACCAACAACAGCAGCACCAGCAGCAGCAGCACCAUCAUCAGCAACAACAACAUCAUCAGCAACAACAUAGUCCGGUGGACAUUUACGCUGCGGCCGCGGCUGCCGCUCACCACAAUCAUCAGCAGCAGCAGCAGCAACACCAGCAACAACAACAGCAGCACCAUAGCCAUCACCAGCAACUUCAGCUGCAACAACACCUUAAGUCUUCUGCAGCAGCGGCCGCCGCGGCCGCAGCCGCAGCCGAGUUCGCUGCGUCCAACCAUCCGUUUUCCAUAACGCGGCUGUUGCCGCCGCCGCCUACAGUCACCGCUUCGGCUGCUGAGAAACCGUCAUCGGCCGUCGCGGCCUCCGCCUCGUCGGCGACCGCUGCGUCUGCCGCCGAGAAAAUGUAUGAGAUGGCUGCUGCUUCGCAAUACGGCACCACCGCUGGAUAUAACGAUUACUACCAUCCACAUGCGCACCCGCACCACCCACACCACCAUGGGCACCCACAUCCGCACCACCAACAGGCGUCUCUGUACCAUGCAGCCGCAGCGGCUGCCGCGGCCGCGGCCGCAGCAGCAGCAGCCUCCGGUGGACCGCAAUCAUCUUCGUCGUCCACGUCGGCCGCGGCAGCCGCCACCGGCUCAUCGUCACCCUUGUGACAUCACCAUCAACAGCUGCAGCAUCACCACCAGCACCAGUAUCCUCCGCUCGCGUGAAAACGACGUGGUUGUCGGUGGGCCAGCAGUAGAAAUAAAAAAGUAGAGCAGCAGCAGCAGCAAGAAGCGGUGGUAGUUAUGAUAUUUUUGAUUUUUUUAUUUACGUUUUCAGUCGUAUUGAACACGCGGUGCCCAACAAUACGUAUAAACUAUAAAGAGUAUAUAUAAUUUUUAUGUUUUUAUGUUUUAUUAUUAUUAUUAUUUUUAUUAUUAUUAUUUUUAUUAUUAU